AUGGCGGCGCGGCCGUGGCCGCUGCUGCUGCUGCUGCUGCUGGCGGCGCCGGGCCGGGGCCCGGGCGGCUCCUCCGGGCGGCUCCGCGCGGGGCUCGGGCCCGGCCCGGCCGCCGCGUACUUCCCCGAGGAGCGCUGGAACCCGGAGUCGCCGCUGCGGCCGCCGCGCGUGGCCGUGGCGCUGCUGGCGCGGAACGCGGCCCACGCGCUGCCGCUGGUGCUGGGCGGGCUCGAGAGGCUGCGGCACCCCAAGGACAGGAUGGCGCUGUGGGUGGCCGCUGACCACAGCGUGGACAACACCUCGGCGCUGCUGGCCGAGUGGCUGGGCCGCGUGCGGGGCCGCUACCACCGCGUGCUCUGGAGGCACCAGGAGGAGCCCACGUCGUUCCCAGACGAGGAGGGGCCCAAGCACUGGAGCCCCGCCCGCUACGAGCACGUGAUGAGGCUGCGCCAGGAGGCCCUGGAGGCCGCCCGGGCCAUGUGGGCCGAUUACCUGCUGUUCCUGGACGCGGACAACGUCCUGGUGAACCCGGACACGCUGGCCGUGCUGGUGGCCGAGAACAGAACCGUGGUGGCCCCGAUGCUCGACUCGCGCGCGGCCUACUCCAACUUCUGGUGCGGCAUCACCCCCCAGGGCUAUUACCGCCGCACCCCCGCCUACCUGCCGAUCCGGCGCCGGGAGCGCCGGGGCUGCUUCGCGGUGCCGAUGGUUCACUCCACGUUCCUGCUGGACCUGCGCCGGGAGCGCUCGCGGAGCCUGGCCUUCCACCCGCCGCCGCCCGGCUACAGCGGCGCCUUCGACGACAUCAUCGUCUUCGCCGCCGCCUGCCGGCACGCCGGCGUGCAGAUGUUCGUCACCAACCGGGAGCAGUUCGGGUUCCUGCCGGUGCCGCUGCGCUCCCAGAGCUCCGUGCGGGACGAGGCCGAGAACUUCCUGCACGUCCAGCUGGAGAUCAUGGUGAAGCUCCCUCCGGCCGAGCCUCCCCACGUGUGGGUCCCUCCCAAGGUCCUGGACAAGCUGGGAUUCGAUGAGGUGUUCCUGAUCAACCUGCGGCGCCGCUCGGACCGUACCGGGCUGCGCGGCAUGCUCCGCACGCUGCACGAACUGGGAAUCUCCCCCAAACUGGUGGAGGCCGUGGACGGCCGGGCCCUGAACAGCAGCCAGGUGGAGGCGCUGGGGGUGCGGAUGCUGCCGGGAUAUCGGGAUCCCUUCCACGGGAGACCCCUGACCCGCGGCGAGGUGGGAUGCUUCCUCAGCCACUUCCGGGUCUGGCAGGAGAUUUCGGCGCGGGGCCUGCAGCGCUCGCUGGUGUUCGAGGACGAUCUGCGCUUCGAGGUUUUCUUCCGCAGCCGCCUGCAGGAGCUGAUGGAGCAGCUGGAGGAGGCGGCCAUCGACUGGGACCUCAUCUACCUGGGCCGGAAGCGGCUGGAGCCGGAGCGCUCGGAGCGCGGCGUGCCCGGCGUGCGGCAGCUGCUGCGGCCGGGCUACUCCUACUGGAGCCUGGGCUACGCGCUGUCCCUGCGCGGCGCCCGCAAGCUCCUGGCGGCCGAGCCCCUGGGCAAGAUGAUCCCGGUGGACGAGGACGAGUUCCUGCCCCUCAUGUUCGACCGGCACCCCAGCCCCGAGUACUCCCGGCAUUUUUCCCGGCGGGAUCUCGUGGCGUUCUCGGCGGAGCCGCUGCUGCUCUUCCCCACGCACUACACGGGCGAGCCCGGCUACGUCAGCGACACCGAGAGCCCCCCGGAGCCCCCCGAAAUCUGGGAGCCGUUCCCACGGGAAUCCCGGAAUUCCCAGCCCCAGAGCGACACCGAGAGCCCCCCGGAGCCCCCCCGAAAUCUGGGAACAGUUCCCCACGGGAAUCCCGGAAUUCCCAGCCCCGGCACGAGGAGCUCUGACCCCCAAAAUCCCCCAAAAUCUGGGAACAUUUCCCACGGGAAUCCCAGAAUUCCCAGCCCCAGAGCCCCCCGGAAUUUAGGAAGAAUUCCCACGGGAAUCCCGGAAUUCCCAGCCCCAGAGCCCCCCGGAAUUUAGGAAGAAUUCCCAUGGGAAUCCCCGGAAUUCCCAGCCCCAGUGAAAGGAGCUCUGACCCCAAAAUCCCCAAAAUUGGGAUGGGGAAAAAUUCCUGUGGGAAUCCCAAAAUUCCCAGUCCCAGCACGAGGAGCUCUGACCCCAAAAUCCCCAAAAUUUUGGGGGUUUUUAUUCCCAAAUAAAGUUUUUAUUUUUAUUUUUAAUCCUGGUUUGGGGUCGGUUUUUCCCCAUUUUAUUCCCAAAUAAAGUUUUUAUUUUUAUUUUUAA